CGGCGCCCUCCCAUUGGGCGUGGGCUAGGGCGCCCCUCCUCCCCAUCUUCUUAUUGGUGCGCGCGUGCAAGCCAGGCGCCCCAUUGGGCCGCGCGAAUUUGGGCACCAAAUUCAAAGAUUUUAAAAGUACCCAGCUGGCGCCUUUUAAGAGAUAGCGCUCUGCAAAGCAGGCGGCCGGCGCAGUGCCGCGGAUAGUUGUCCCUCCACCCCGAGGCGGACUCCCCGUCCGCUGGGAUGAGCCGGAGCCCCUGCAGCUGCGUCGCACGGCCGCUCUCCUGCUCCUGCAGCGCCGUGACAGCCGCCGGGCGCCUUCGCCCCUCGGACGGCUGUAAAGAAGAAAGUUCCAUCUUACCUGUCAAAAUGAAGUGCGAUUUUAAUUGUAACCAUGUUCAUUCUGAACUUACACUGGUAAAACCUGAUGACAGUGGAAGACAAGGUUCUUAUACUCCUGCUUAUUUGCAAGGUUCAUGUAAAGACUGCACUAAAGACUAUGAAAGGCUUUCAUAUAUUGGGUCUCCGAUUAUGAGCCCUAGAAUUGUAGAACUUGAAACCAAAAGUAAGCCCUUGCAUAACAAGGAAAAUCAACAUGUACAACAGACGCUUAAUAGUACAAAUGAAAUAGAAGAACAAGAGACCAGUAGAUUUUAUGAAGACAGUGGCUACUCCUCAUUUUCUCAACAUAGUGGACUUGGUGAACAUGAAGAAGGUAGUCUUGCCCUGGAGGAAAAUUUCAGUCACAGUCCACAAUCCUGCCUGCUACACAUGCAAAGCCCGGACCAAUAUCCCAACAAAAACUUGCUGCCUGUUCUUCACUUUGAAAAAGUGGUUUGUUCAACAUUAAAAAAGAAUGCCAGACGAAAUCCUACAAUAGAUCGAGAGAUGCUGAAGGAAAUUAUAUCUAGUGGAAAUUUUCAACUACAGAAUUUAAUUGGCAGGAAAAUGGGCCUAGAUUGUGUAGAUAUUCUCAGUGAACUCUUUCGAAGGGGACUCAGACAUCUCUUAGCAAAUAUUUUGACACAGCUCAGUGACAUGGACUUAAUCAAUGUAUCUAAAGUGAGCACAACUUGGAAGAAAAUUUUAGAAGAUGAUAAAGGGGCAUUCCAGUUGUACAGUAAAGCAAUGCAAAAAGUUACUGAAAACAACAUAAAAUUUUCACCACAUGCUUCAACCAGAGAAUAUGUUAUGUUCAGAACUGCAUUAGCUUCCGUUCAAAAAUCAGCAACCCAGACUCCUCCCCAGAAGAAUGUUCAAACCAAGUUAUCCAAUCAUGGUGAUCAGAAGGGUUCUGCUUACAGCAGACACAGUGAAUUCUCUGAGGUUGCUAAGACCUUGAAAAAGAAUGAGAGCCUCAAAGCCUGUAUUCGCUGUAAUUCACCUGCAAAAUAUGAUUGCUAUUUACAACGGGCAACGUGCAAACGAGAAGGCUGUGGAUUUGAUUAUUGUACAAGGUGUCUGUGCGAUUAUCAUACCACCAAAGACUGCUCAAAUGGAAAACUCCUAAAAGCCAGCUGUAAAAUGGGUACUCUGCCUGGAACUAAAAAAAGCAAAAAGAAUUUACGAAGGUUGUGAUGUUUUAUAAAAUUAAUUGUAGCUGGCUAUGAGGGUUAGUUAGAAAACAGGUUUUAAUUUAAAAUAAAAAUAAUUGUAUGUGAUUCUCAGUUUUAUGUUGAAGUCAAUGUAGUAUCCAGGAUUUUCUCAGUGGAUAGAGAACAUAGAGCCUUUUAAAACAUUUUACAAUUUAAUGUGAAUGGGCUUAAAAUUCUCAGGACAAAUCAAGAAAUUAAAUAUUUUAGGAAGAACUAAAGUUAUCUGAUGUUUGUGAUUCAGAGGAUAAAAUUGAAUUUAUUAGAUUUUUAUGAUAAAGGAAGGCCAUGAGAUUUUACCUAGGCAGUCUUAAAACAUAAAUCUGGUCUACCAUCUAUUAGCAUUUGAGACAUUUUAUUUGAUUUACUGAGUUAAUGCCAAUAGAAAUAUCAGUUUCUAGUGUUUGUUAAUUUAAAUGUUGUAUCAGCUUUCUUAAACCUUUUUCUCCAUGUAUAUAUUUUCCAAAAAUCCUUUGUAAAAAAAUCUUGCAGUUUUCCUUAUUUCU